GCGGCCGCCGCCCGCCCGCCGCGCGCUCCCCUGAGCGCGGCGCCCGCCCCCGGCCACCCCCGCCCGUCCCCGGCCGCGAUGCCCGCCCCCCGGGGCCCCGGCGGCCCGCGCCCCUGCUAGGCUGCGGCGGCAUGGCCCGCGCGCCCGGCGCGACCUCUGCGGAUUGCAUCGGUGUGUGGCGGCGGGGCAUGCCCAGGGCACCGGGCACGGCCUUCAAUGGGCGAGGACACGGACACGCGGAAAAUUAACCACAGCUUCCUGCGGGACCACAGCUAUGUGACUGAAGCUGACAUCAUCUCUACCGUCGAGUUCAACCACACCGGAGAGCUGCUGGCCACAGGUGACAAGGGCGGCCGGGUCGUCAUCUUCCAGCGGGAGCCAGAGAGCAAAAAUGCACCUCACAGCCAGGGUGAGUACGACGUCUACAGCACCUUCCAGAGCCACGAGCCGGAGUUCGACUAUCUCAAGAGCCUGGAGAUAGAGGAGAAAAUCAACAAGAUCAAAUGGCUCCCGCAGCAGAACGCCGCACACUCGCUCCUGUCCACCAACGAUAAAACUAUCAAAUUAUGGAAGAUUACCGAACGAGACAAAAGGCCCGAGGGCUAUAACCUGAAGGACGAGGAAGGGAAACUGAAGGACCUGUCCACAGUGACGUCACUGCAGGUGCCCGUGCUGAAGCCCAUGGACCUGAUGGUGGAGGUGAGCCCCCGCAGGGUCUUCGCCAACGGCCACACCUACCACAUCAACUCCAUCUCCGUCAACAGCGACUGCGAGACCUACAUGUCUGCGGAUGACCUGCGCAUCAACCUCUGGCACCUGGCCGUCACCGACAGGAGCUUCAACAUCGUGGACAUCAAGCCGGCCAACAUGGAGGACCUCACGGAGGUGAUCACGGCGUCUGAGUUCCACCCGCACCACUGCAACCUCUUCGUCUACAGCAGCAGCAAGGGCUCUCUGCGGCUCUGCGACAUGCGGGCGGCUGCCCUGUGCGACAAACACUCCAAGCUCUUUGAAGAGCCCGAGGACCCCAGUAACCGCUCCUUCUUCUCAGAAAUCAUCUCCUCCGUGUCGGACGUGAAGUUCAGCCACAGCGGCCGGUACAUGCUCACCCGGGAUUACCUCACGGUCAAGGUCUGGGACCUGAACAUGGAGGCGAGACCCUUAGAGACCUACCAGGUCCACGACUACCUUCGGAGCAAGCUCUGUUCCCUGUAUGAGAACGACUGCAUUUUCGACAAGUUCGAAUGCGCCUGGAACGGGAGUGACAGCGUCAUCAUGACGGGAGCCUACAACAACUUCUUCCGCAUGUUCGACCGCAACACCAAGCGGGACGUGACCCUGGAGGCCUCUCGGGAGAGCAGCAAGCCCCGGGCCGUGCUCAAGCCGCGGCGCGUGUGUGUGGGUGGCAAGCGCCGGCGCGAUGACAUCAGCGUGGACAGCUUGGACUUCACCAAGAAGAUCCUGCACACGGCCUGGCACCCGACCGAGAACAUCAUCGCCAUCGCGGCCACCAACAACCUGUACAUCUUCCAGGACAAGGUGAACUCCGACAUGCACUAGGUGUGCACUUGUCCCCGACGCGACCUCCACAACCACAGCACGAGGAGGGGAAGAAAAUCCGAGUGGCAGUACGGACGGUGGCAGAGGUGGCGGAGUGUGGACUGGGAAGCUUAGGCCGGGCCCUGGCCAGCUUCUCCGGGCCAGCAUUGCCUUUGGCAGUGAUUGUUUAACACAAAGGAAAGGAAGGGUCCACGGCCACAAACCAUAAAAUGGACUGUCAAGUCUUACAGUUCAGGGUCCCUUCAUUCACGUGCCCUCCGAGCCCGUCUGCGGUCUUUCCCACAUUAAUGGAAUUUUUACACGUCCAGGUUAAUUUUUCACUCCAGCGGGUCCUUGGGCGGCGGGCUUUGGGGGGCGGGUGUGGACCUGCUCCGGUUGCUUCCCCGACACGCCUCGCUGGCCCGGAGCAGGGCUCCGGGGACGGAUAAGGACGCUCAGCCAGCCAGGGGUUCCGUGGAUGAUAAAUGGAGCUAUCUGCCCUGUCUCAGAGCGGAUUUUGUCGCCUUUGUUUUCUGGAUGGUGAAUUCACGCUGAGGCUUCUCGCUUAGGUUUCUGAAUGUCCUUCAGUGUCCCAGGGCCCAGGUCCGCUACGGUUUCCUGAGAGGAAGGGGUAGGGAGGGGCUCGGCCAGCGUGGCUGUGGUCCUCACCUGGUCUCCCCACUGUUCGCUGAGCCUCUGCCAGGUGCCGGGCGGUGCUCAGCCCAGAGCGGGCCACUCCAUCCCCGACGCCCUCGGCGGGAGCUCUCCCGCCGUCCUCAGCAUUCACCGGCGGGCACCUUCCGGGGCCGACCCUGCCUCCCGUCCACGCCCUCUGCGAAGCCCUCUCACGGCCGUGCGGUGGGCGUCCCCUCAUCUCCAUGCACACGACUGCUGGCUCCUGCCGGGCUCCGGGCCAGCACCAGGGUGAGAGGUGAACGCUUCUUAUCCCCGUCCACGUGCGGAAACCGAGGCUGUGAGCGGACAGACAAGUUGGUGGGCGGGCACCAGCCACUCGGUGGAGUCCUCGCACAAGGCUCUUCCCAAUCCAGCACGGUGGUGGCUCGUAUUAAAGCAACAUCAUAAUGGAGGGUUCUGAAAGGGAAACGCUUCUUUGUCUUGUGAAGUGCAAGGGUCCUGGGAGAACGGGAAGAUGGAGAAGACCCACAGGUGGCUCCUAUCUCAGCUUGGUGAUGUCAGGAGCUUGGCCCUCUCUGGGACUGCGGUGCCACCUCGCGUCUGCGCCUGGUGCUCCUUCCUCAAAUGCACUGAACUGCCUCUGAGAGGAAACUGCAUGUUAGGAUGAUUUUAGGAUACGUUUUCUUUAAGGACCACGUAGUCCCAGAGGAUGCUGUCGUGUGGGAGCUCUUCCCCUGUGUCACCGAGGGCCACAGAAAAUGUGGUGUUUGCACAGUAGAUCCUCCGGUCCUGGUGAGACCAGGCCACCCACCCCGUGUCGUCCUUGCUCAUGGAAUCGCAGCAGAACCACCUGGCUUGGCAUUUAGAUUCGGAAAGCAGAGUGCAGAGGCCCGGCUGAAUCCAGCUUACUUUAUUUUAUUUUUUUUUUUACAAGACGAAACAAAACCCAGGAAAUAGACACAACUGAGAAUUUUCUCAGUGGAUUACGGUAUACUCUGUGUGUGUAAAAGCACAAAUGCAUGUGCACUCACUUCUGGCCAUACAGCACUCACGCAGGGAAUUGGAUCCAUUUUUUUUUAAUCAACAUGAAUGAAGAAUGUUUAUAUAUCACUGUAAAAUCCAGGUGACCUGGACAGUAUUAUAUGUAUAUAUCUAUUCUAAACUAAAUUUAACAAUCAAAGGAUUGGAUCACUUUUUUCCCCCUUGUAAAGAGGUUCAAGAAUGUGGUAAAUUGUAUAGAAAUCUGUUGAAGCCAAAAUCCAGCUCUGAGGGCCUUACACAAUUUCUUGGAUAUUUUGGCACUGUCAUCUCCCUUUCUGAGUCAAAUUUGUUAAGAGAGGAAACUGGCAUUUGCAGGUAGACGUUAGUGUCAACUUGUAGAUUUAACAUUUAUCAUCUUCAAAGUACAAAGCUCACACAGUCUUCAAAAGGAGUUCCUAGUUCCUUACUUCUGUUUUAAACUUUGAGUACCAAACCAAAAAAGGAAAAGAAAAAAAAAGAAAAGAAAGAAAGGAGAUCUUCUCUGAAGAAAAGUAUGUCUUUGGACUUUGGACUCCUGGAAAAUAAUGGCGUCCAAAGCAAGUUGUGGGUAGUGAAACGCGUGUUGAGAAGAGGCGUAGCAGGGAGGGAGGACUAGAACCAGCAUAGGUCACAGGCUCUGCACCGCACUCCGCUUAAGCUUUCUGGACUGCUCGCGUGUGCGGGCGUUCACACAGUCAUUGUGAAGGUGCUGGGGUUUUCUCGUUUCUGUGUUAGCUUGGCCCCAGGAUGACGCUGUCGCCGUGGCGGUGCAGUUGUCAGAGCGACGGUUCCGGACCCCUACCUCCUAGGUGCAUUCUUUUUUCUUUGGUGUCUCACAAGUUAUUCAACUGUUGAAUAAAACUAUAAAUAUGUUAAUACCAGCUUUUUCCAAUAAAAUAACAAAUGUUACAUCUACA